AUGGGUAAUAAACAAGAAGAGCUGGAAGCCAUGGUGCAACAGCAGAGCUAUGAUGUAGUUGCCAUUGUAGAAACAUGGUGGGACGACUCAUACAACUGGAGCACUGCAGCGGAUGGCUACAAGCUCUUCAGAAGAGACAGGAAAGGGAGAAGAGGUGGAGGCAUGGCCCUUUAUAUUAGGGAGGUUUUUGAUGCUAUAGGUAUUGCAAUGAAUGACAAUGAAGUUCAAUGCCUGUGGGUAAAAAUUAAGGGCAAGGCUAACAAGGUUGGCACCCUACUGGGAGUCUGUUAUCGUCCAUCCAACCAGGAAGAAGAGGUGAACAACUUAUUCUAUAAGCAACUAGAUAAUAUUUCAGGAUCAUCAGCCAUUGUUCUUGUAGGGGACUUCAACUUGCCAGACAUCUGCUGGGAACUUAAUACAGCUGAAAAAAGGCGAGUCAAUGAGGCAAAUGUCCAGCCUGGCUGGGCAAGGAGGAUUUGGAGGAACUUAGGAAUAAAAAGAGGAUGUAUCAUCUUUGGAAGGAGGGUCGGGUCUCUCAAGAAGUAUUUAAGGGAGCUGCUAGAGCAUGUAGGAAAAAAGUUAAGAGAGGUCAAAGCUCUGUUUGAACUAAAAAUGGUGACUUCUGUAAAAGACAAUAAGAAAUGUUUCUACAAAUAUGUUAAUGGUAAAAGGAAGAGUAGGUCCAGACUUUGUUACUUACUGGAUGAGGGAGGAAAAUUAGUAACUGCAGAUGAGAAGGCAGAAGUGCUUAAUGCCUUCUUUGCCUCAGUCUUUAAUGGGAAGACAGCUUGUCCUCAGGACAAUUGUCCUCCUGGGAUGGUAGAUGAUGUCAAGGAGCAGAAUGGUCUCCCUGUUAUCCAGGAGGAGGCAGUCAGAAAACUGCUGAGAAGCCUAGAUGUUCAUAAAUCUAUGGGCCCAGAUGGGAUCUAUCCCAGGGUGAUGAGGGAGCUGGCAGAUGAGCUUGUGAAACCUCUCUUCAUCAUUUAUCAACAGUCCUGGCUCACUGGUGAGGUACCAGAUGACUGGAAGUUGGUCAGUGUGACACUGAUUCAUAAAAAGGGUGGGAACGAGGAUCCUGGUAACUAUAGGCCAGUUAGCCUGACCUCAGUACCAGGUAAGAUUAUGGAACAGUUCAUAAUGCGUGGCAUCACACAGCACUUACAGGAUGGUCAGAGUAUCAGACCCAGCCAGCAUGGGUUUAGGAGGGGUAGGUCAUGUUUGACCAACCUGGUCUUUUAUAACCAAGUGACCUGCCUGGUGGAUGCAGGAAAGGCUGUGGAUGUUGUGUACUUGGAUUUCAGCAAGGUCUUUGACACUGUCUCCCACAGCAUACUCCUGGAAAAGUUGGCAGCCCGUGGUUUGGACAGGAACACUCUUUGCUGGGUUAGGAACUGGCUGGAUCGCCGAGCCCAGAGAGUGGUGGUGAACGGUGCUGCAUCCAGCUGGCGGCCAGUCACCAGAGGUGUCCCUCAGGGGUCUGUGCUGGGGCCUGUUCUGUUCAAUAUUUUUGUUGAUGACAUGGAUGAGGGUAUUGAGUCCUUCAUUAGUAAAUUUGCAGAUGACACUAAGCUGGGAGCAUGUGUUGAUCUGUUGGAAGGCAGGAGGGCUCUGCAGAGAGACCUGGACUAGUUGGAUGGAUGGGCAGAAUCCAAUAGGAUGAAGUUUAACAAGUCCAAGUGCCGAGUCCUGCAUUUUGGCCACAACAACCCCCUGCAGCAUUAUAGGUUGGGGACGGUGUGGCUAGACAGUGCCCAGGCAGAAAGGGACCUGGGGGUACUGGUUGACAGUCGACUGAACAUCCAGCAGUGUGCCCAGGUGGCCAAGAAGGCCAACGGCAUCCUGGCCUCUAUCAGAAAUAGAGCGGCCAUCAGGACCAGGGAGGUCAUUCUUCCCCUCUACUCGGCACUGCCGCCCCGCCGGCACGUCACAUCAGCUGAAUCACGGUGGAAGCGCGGAUGGUUCCUCACGGCAGAAAAGGAGAAGCGGCAGCGACGUUUAACCCGGCAGCGAGGCGGAGGGCCCGAGGAGCGGCCGGCUGCGCCCCCCACCCAGACCAGCAUCUGCAUUCCCAUUCCCUACCGGCCCUCUCGUUACCUGCGCGGCACCUGGCGGUUCUGGCUGUCCCCGCGGUCACUGCCCACCACCCGCCGGUACGAAACGCGCACCGUAUCACCACCCCCAGCCCCUCAACCAGGAGAGGCCAUAUUGUCUACCUACCCUCCACCUCGCCUUCCCAACGACACACUGACGUCACGCCGCGAGGUCACCUACUCCCGCCGAGCCAAUCAGGAAGUGCUCACGUGGCUGAGGGAGGCCCUCAGCGAGCGCCGCCGAUCCGUGCAGGGUAGCGGGGAACGGACAAGUGGCGAAGUCGGGAAGCUUCGCUCCCAGAUCCGCUGGGGCCGCCGCCAGGGGGCGUCGCCCCGCCCCCGACUGGGCUACGCUGCCUGGCAGCCGCAGAGGGUGGGCCAGCUCGCCGCCCUCCCUCCUCCGGUUGCUAGGAAACGAGACUCGGGCGGGGUGGGACUGUCGUAA